AUUUCCCGAAGCCGACGGAAGGUAAUGGAAGACGAGCACACUUCCGUAAACGAAAAAAAAAGCCUGUCUUCUAUGGCUGCUGAAGCUCGGUCGCUACUCUUUAUGAUCUUCAACCAACUUUUCAGUGGGGAUUUCUCUUCGUGUGGUUUCUUUGGCGAUGGAUCGCAGCAGAUCACCUGACAGAGCUGGAAGAGAUAAGAAGAAGAAGAAACGGAGACGGUCCUCCUCCUCCUCAUCGUCUACGUCGCCUUCCUCAUCCAGCAGCAGGAGUCGGAGCAGGUCGUUCAAGAAAGGGGCACACAAGAGCCAAGAUGUGAAAACUCAAAGAAAGAAGCGCAGGAGAAGCUCCUCCUCUUCCUCGUCCUCCUCCUCUUCCUCCUCGUCAUCUUCGUCCUCGUCCAGCGAUGAAAAGACAAAGAGGAAGAAAAGUAAAGCCAAGAAAAAGAAGCCGAAGAAGAAAAAGGCGAAGCUGAAGAAACAGAAGAAAAAGGAGAAAAAGAAGAAAGAGAAGUUGAAGAAGAAGGAGAAGAAGAAAGCGGGGGGACAGCCGUCCACUGGUCCAGCAGAGAAACCUCCGUCUUACCUGGAAGUGUGGCAGAGUGAUGAGGCGGCGGUGGAGCUGGGACCUGUCAUGACAGAUGAGCAGAAGGCUCGGCUCUCCACCAAGAGGCCUCUCACCAAAGAGGAGUACGAGGCCAGGCAGAGUGUGAUCCGCAGGGUGGUGGACCCCGAAACAGGACGGACAAGAUUGGUGAGAGGAGAGGGAGAGAUCAUAGAGGAGAUUGUCAGCCGAGAAAAACAAAAAGACAUCAACAAGAAAGCCACCAAGGGAGACGGGAAUGCCUUCCAGAGAAAACUGGGAAUCAACAGGUAGAAGAUACAAUAUUCCCCUUCCAAAACCUGAGUAGCUUCACUAAAAUGAAACUACCUUCCUCAAGAAGAGGCUGCCUAGGCACCUGAUACUGAUUAUUCAAUGAGGCACCAACACAUUUUCAGAAUAGUUAACACAUCGUAUAUGUAGUUUGCAUUUUAUAUCAAAGACUUGCCUGUGGUUGAACUGUACGGUAGUGCAUGAACACAAUAAAAGGGAAAUAUACUCUUGAUGCAAACUAAUGAGUUAAAUCCAGGUAAAAGUCAUCAUCUCCUAUGGAUUUGCCUUUUUAAAUUUAUGCUAAUCACAAAGGAGAUACAAAGAGACGCAGACGAGUUACGGUGAAUUUAAAUGUGUUGAGUCCACUGAAAUGUAUAAAAGGAGCAGGAACUCAAGAUGAUGUCGUCCCAAAUAGUCUGCACAUCCGAUAUCACGUAUUUAUUUUGUCCAUGUUUUAAAGAAUUUCAGUGUUUAAAUGUCUUAAUGUUGAACACAGUAAGAAGCUGAUUUAAGUGUUCAGUAUUCUGCGUGACACUGCAAACUUUUUCUUUUUUUUUUUUUUUGUAUUUUGGCAACAUAUUCUACACCCACUCGAAGAUGUCUUCUCACAUUUAAACCUCACAAUUUAGUUCUCUGAAUAAAGCGGUGGUUUUUGCAAACUGAUUGUAUGAACUGCACUCAAUUCUGAGCCGUGUUUUCUGAGGAGUCUAUCCCUGUAAUUGGAAGCAUAUUCUUCUUCAUGAUGUUACCAUUCUGAGUGUGAAAAAAGGCCAAAAUGA